AGCUUUCAGGAUACUGCAGCGUUAAAAUGACCUUUAUUGGAGUAUUUUGACCAGCAGUCGCUGUGGCGGCGACUCCAGCUGCUCUCCAAUUUAUGUCUUCUUCACAUAACAGUCGACUUGGCUUGUAUUGCGUGAUUUAAUUGAGUGGGAACGGAAAACUGGUUAAAAUGGGUGGAAACGGGAGCACGGCGAGGAAAGUGUCAUUCGGACUGGACGAAGACGAGAAGGUCACAGUAAUUGAAGGAGUGAAGCUCUCAGAGGAUGUGCUCCGCAGGAUGAGGGAGUCUCUGGGGUCUGACAGCAACAAGCCACCAAAGUCCUUGCCGGACAGUCACAAACCACCAUCAAGCGAAAAACCAUCAGGACCAUCUUCUAAAGAAAUUCAAGAGGAAAUGCGGAAAAACUUUGAACGUCAACAGGCCAUGGUGAAGGAGGAGUUGGCCAAACUGGCCCAGAGGGAGAACGAGAAUGCAGCAAUCACUGGCCUGGAUGAGCUGACCUCUGCCCUCAUCGUAGAGAAAGGAAAAUCCCUCGAAGAGCACGAAAAGUCCAAGAUACUGCCUGCAGAUUUGGAUGCCUGGGCCCGAAACCUGGAGAUGAAAGAAAGGGAGCUUGCUACUAUAUCCAGCUUCUAUAAGGAGCAAUUGGAAAUACUGGAGAAAAAGAGUUUUGAAAACUACAAGGAGACGGCUGAACAGUACAACCAGGCAGCUACUAAAGCUGAGGCUAGAAUCCGACCCCAACAUACUGAAUAUCUGUGCGCUGAGCUGCAGGCCAAGGUGCUCCAGUGCUACAAGGAAAAUCCACAGGAGACUCUCCACUGCUCCAGCCUGGCCAAACAAUACAUGACCUGUGUCCAUCAAGCAAAGAAGAGCACUCUGACGAAUCAUGGUUGAGAAAGUCAAGAAAUGGAGGAGAUCUGAAGAAAGAUUGCAUGUCAAGUCUGUCCUGUUUUUGUUUGUUUUUGCUUCCCUUUCUAUCAAUCCAUCCAUUAAUUUAGCCAUAUCAAUAAAUAAAUAAAUAAAAACUCAUCCUA